AUGGGUGACGAAGAAGUGGAGUACAAGGCGGAGUACUUGGACACAGCGGAAGAUACCGAACACGAGGUGGCAAAUUGGCUGCCGAGACCGGGGAAGGCGAAGGUGACCUAUGCCGAGGGGUCGAGCUUCGAGGGGGUCUUCAACGGGGAGCGCAUCAAAGACGGACCUGGCAAGUACAUCUGGAUGAAGCCUGCAGAGGAAGACGGGGAGGACCCUCAGGUAUACGCAACGUACGAGGGCAACUACACGGACGGCAAAAAAGCCGGCACCGGCAAGAUGACGUAUCCUAACGGAGACGAGUAUACGGGGGAAUGGAAGGACAACGCCAUGGAGGGCGAGGGGACCUACGUGUACAAGGCAACGGGGGACAUCUACAGCGGCACCUGGGUGGCCAACAAGAAGAGCGGCCAGGGAAUGUACCAGUUCGGCGCGGAUGACAGCACCAUGCACGGCACGUGGGUCGACGGCACCAUCACCGAGGGAACGUGGGUCUUCAAGGACGGAACGGUAUACACGGGCCGCUUUGAGGGAGGGCGACCAAAGGGCGAGGGGACGUUCGCUUUCCCGAGCGGCAUCAGCCAGCAGGGCUUCUACGAGGCCGUGGCGGCGGAGGACGCAGACGAAGAGGAGCCCCCGGCACUGGUGUGGCGAGGCCAGAGCGUGGUUGCGUGCUGA